AUGGCCGCCAUAGCCGUUAGUUUCCGGGCGGUGAUGAUGAUGGUGGUGGUGGUGGCCUCCGUUGGUUCGUUGCCUGAAGAUCAGGAAUUGUGCCCUGGUAUCAGGAACUAUUCCAAAGACAACGUGCUCAUUAAUUUCCGCGUAGAAGUCUUUUAUUCAACUCGCAUUAGCAUUGAACGAAGGGGGGUUUCCUACUGCGGGGAGCCCGGCCUCGCGCAGCCUUACGCCCGUGCCAAUCUACACACGGGCCCUCCGUUCACAAAGGCCAGCUGCCAGCCAGUGUGUCUGAUACGGAGAUACCAUAGCACCGGUAUGAGAGCCAUUUGA